UCCUGCCAUUAGGAAUGUUAACGAGGUCGAUUGGCCCCAUUAGGGAGGGCCCCAUCCCAACGUGAGCCUCUUUAAUUAGUCCUGCAGGAAGGAAGGGCCGCCAAUGUCCCCUUUCCGGGCCUGAGGAGGUCACGGCGCAUCCCGCAGCGGGCUCUGGACCCCCAAGGAGGCGGCAGAACUUGGGGAAAGCCAGAACGACGAGAUCCCGAGAUGGACGGAGCCGCAGACACGGGCCCGGACGCACCUGCGGCGCGAGGAGGGCAGGGGCCGCUCAGACCCCCGUCGCCCCCGUUCCCCCCACGGGCGCCCUCGCCCCCGCCGCCGCUGUCCCCGGGCUCCAUCCUCGGAGCGCCCCCUUCGCCGGGGCCGUCGGAGCAAGGGGCCCGCCAGCUGCUGCUGGCAGGGGGGGUCGAGGCACCCCUCCCCCUUUUCGGGCAUAACAUCAUGAGCGGCCCGCCCUGUGGCCCUGCUCGGUCCCUGGAGACUCUGGGUAACUUUAGUGGAUGGCAAAUCAGCACUGAGAAACUGCUCCCCCACUUCAGCUGGACAGUGAAGCAACAGUGUGUGGACCUUCUGGCCGAGGGGCUCUGGGAGGAGCUGCUGGAUGAUGAGCAGCCCGACAUCACCAUCAUGGACUGGUUUGAGGACAGCCGCCUAGACGUGUGUGUGUAUGAGCUGCACGUGUGGCUCCUGGCGGCUGACAGACAGACCGUCAUCCGGCAGUAUCACGCCGCUCCCCGACCCUCUCCCCGGGGCCCAGGAGGACGCUGGUGCCAGGUGUCUCAUGUAUUCAAACGCUAUGGCCCAGGAGUGCGAUUCGUUCACUUUUUGCACAAAUCGAAGAACCGCCUGGGCUCCGAGGGGUUCCGGAGAACUCGGGUGACCGACUCCUCAGUGUCCGUGCAGCUACAAACAUAGCCUGUCGCCCCUCGUACAUCUUGACCCCUUCUCUCCCUCCUGUCCUUGAUCCCUCUUUCAGGUGACCUCCCUCACUUUCUGGGAAGGAUCUUCUCUUUUUUGGUUUUAUCAUCAGGGUAGAAAAUUCCCUUUGUGGACACUCCCUCUGCUUAUGCUGUGUAUUACUUUUGUCUUGGGAGAGGUUGCCUUAUCUGGGGUCACACAGCUAAUAUUUGUCAGAGUUAGAACUUGACCCUCCAGGCUGGGCCACACUUUCUUAGCUCCUGCCUGCCCCACUUAAGCACACCUCCUCUCCUCCCAAAUACAUUGCUCAUCUUAGCCCAGAUAUUUUCCCAAACACCUCCACCAAAGGAACCCCCAGCUCCUAAAAUUUCUAGGAAUCCCUCAAAUAUUUUCCCUAGGAAUUUCUUUCUCCCAAACAUGUUCUGGGAAUUCCAAAAUAUCUUGUCAAAUAUGCCCUGGGGACUCUGCCUUUUCUCCCCUAAACCCCUGACUAUCCCCCUUAAGAACGUCUCUUCUCCGGGAGAGUAUCCCCUCAAGGAUUCCCACACCACUCUCAAUUUCUAAAGAAUGCUUUAUUUUCCCCAAAAAAAUCCACAUAGGGUCAUCUCAACCCUCCCAAAAAGUCUCUUCACAGUGACCCCAUUCAUCAUUCUAAUAUCUCUCGUGCAUUCUCAUCUCCUGAAAAUCCCUCCAGAGAUUUAUUUUCCCUAAACAACUCACUGGGAACCCUUCAUCUCCCCUCAAAAUCAUUGCUCUAAAUAUCCUUUUAGGAAUCCCUUAUCUCUCCCAGAUAUUUCCCAGAAACCCCUAAUAUCUCCCUAAACACUCCUCACAUCCCAAAUAAUAUCUUCCUUAAGAACCUUAUAUUUCCUCAAUAUUCCUUGAAGACCCUUCAUACUCACCUCAGUACAUCCCUUGGGGACAGCAAUGCCUUCCCUAAGAUCUCCCUGGGUUAUGUUUUGUGGGAUAUUCUCUCAAAGUUUUUUCCUCAUCAUCUUUUCCUAUAGAAAUUCUAGAUUAAAGUCGUGGUGUGUGACUUUCUCCCUA